UAAAAGCAAUGUAGCGGACGGACGUCGUUUCGACUUUUCUAUUCCGUCAUGCAAUAAUUUUGUCAUUCAUGAAUUCGUCGAUAAAAAAUAUUUUAGGUGGUGUCACAUAUGUGAACGUUAGUUGAAAUCUAGUAAAAUAAUGUGUUAGUAUUUAAUUUCGCGUAGUUCAUCUUCGUAGUUCUUGAUAGGUCUGUGACAAGUUCGGUAAUGGUGGCCAUGUCAUGAAAAUCCCCACAGCCAUGGAUGAUAGCUCCGUGUCUCAUCACAACGGAGGGCAAGUGGGAUCUCAAAUAGGAGUCAGUGUAAAUAACAAACAAAAUGAAGAACCUAGUCAAAGUGUCCAGUAUUCAAUACCGGGUAUUUUGCAUUUCAUCCAACACGAAUGGGCGAGAUUCGAGCUCGAGAGAUCACAAUGGGAGGUGGACAGAGCGGAGUUUGAGGCACGGAUCGCCUUCCUCCAAGGUGAGAGGAAGGGUCAAGAGAAUCUAAAGAAUGACCUCGUCCGAAGGAUCAAGAUGCUCGAGUAUGCCCUAAAGCAGGAGCGGGCCAAGUUCCACAAGCUCAAAUAUGGGGUGGAGUUACAGCAGGGUGACGUCCGCCCACCCCCAGAGGAGCCCACAACGGAGCCAGAGCCCACGGAGCGCGCCCAGUGGAAGCAGGGCCGUCAGCUCAUCAAACAGUACCUGCAGGAAAUAGGCUACACGGACACGAUCUUGGACGUGCGUUCGAACCGCGUGCGGGCGCUAUUGGGGCUGAGCAGCGAGGAGCAGCCCGAGGACCCCAACUACAGGGGUUACGACAAGCAGCGCGACCGCUGCGACCACUCCAUCAACCACCUCAUUCGCAAGUAUGAUUAUGGCAAAGAGCCGCGCAAGGGCGGCGUAUCGACAGGCGGCGGCUACAACGAGGAGGGUCUCUCGGUGCAGGAGACGGCCGCAGUAUUCGCCAACUUCGAGUUCCUGGCCAACCAGGAGAUGGAUAUGGACGAGAUCGACGACCUCGACGCCAAGCAGCCGCACCACACUUCGGGUAAACAAGGCGAGGAAGUAGACCACGAGGCCGAGGAGGUUCUGAACGAGCUGAACCUCCUCACCGAGAGUGAGGCCGACGCGGGUGGGCAAGGGGACGAAUACCCCGUCGUGAAAUUCCCAGGCGGCGGCGGCGGCGGCGGCGGCGCGGGCGGCGAGGCAGACGAAGAGCCGCUAGCGCUCGGCGAGCUCGCUCAGCUCACCGUCAGCAACGAGCCCGAAGCCUACGACGUCAACAGCGCCAACAAGGAGUCUUUCCGCAAGACCUGGAACGCUAAAUACACGCUGCGCUCGCACUUUGACGGGGUGCGAGCGCUCGCAUUCCACCCCACCGAGGCGGCGUUAGUCACAGCCUCCGAAGACCACACGCUCAAGCUCUGGAAUCUCCAACGCACGGUCCCGGCGAAGAAGUCAGCUGGUUUAGACGUGGAGCCGCUAUACACGUUCCGGGCGCACACCGCCCCCGUGCUGUGCCUCGCGAUGGGCGCGCCCCGCUCCGAGGAGUGCUUCUCAGGAGGACUGGACGGCACUAUCCGCGUGUGGAACCUGCCGCCACCGACUGCUGAUCCCUACGAUCCUUACGACCCUGCUGUGCAGGGCCCCGUGCUGCGCGAGCACACGGACGCGGUGUGGUCGCUGGCGAGCGCGGGCGGGCGGCUGCUGUCGGCGUCGGGCGACGGCACGGCGCGCCUGUGGGCGCCGCGCGCCGCGCGCCCGCUGCUGGCCACGCUGCGGGCCUCCGACGCGCCGCUGGCGCCCGCGCCCGCCGCCGCAGACUUCGCCGACGCCGCCGCGCGCGCCGCCGUCGUCUACACCGACGGCACGCUGCUGCUCUACGACCUCGAGACCGCGCAGGCGGUGCUGCGCGUGUCGUGCGACAGCCCGAUGACGCGCGUGCGCUCGCACCCGACGCUGCCGCUGCUGGUGACGGCGCACGAGGACCGCCACAUCCGCUUCUGGGACGCCGUGUCGGGCCGCUGCGCGCACGCCAUGGUGGCGCACCUGGACGCCGUCACGGGGCUGGCGCUCGACCCCAACGGGCUGUUCCUGCUGUCCGGCUCGCACGACUGCUCCGUGCGCCUGUGGAACCUCGACACCAAGACCUGCGUGCAGGAGAUCACCGCGCACCGCAAGAAGUUCGACGAGAGCAUCCUCGACGUCGCCUUCCACCCGCUGCGGCCCUACAUCGCCAGCGCCGGCGCCGACGGCCUCGCCAAAGUGUUCGUCUGAGCGCCCCACCCUAUAUACACAGUAUAUAUAUUACAUGUAAUUUUACUUUCGAAAUCUUAAGCGCAGUAGCGAGUCGCGACAUCGCUCGUAGGGCGAGCCAGUCUAGUCGUGCGGCGACCCGCGCGCCCACUGCCGCGAGCGGUUUUAUCGUAUUUAAUAAUGUAAUGGACGCGCGCUCGACGCUCGUUAUAAGCGCGUAGUGAACACUCAUCUAUGUAUAGACAUUUGAAAUCUAUUAUAAUAUAUUUUUAGACUUUCAGUAUGUGGAUUUUAGGUUUGUAUCGCGAAUUUUUCACCGAUUUAACGUUAUGCAGUGAGGAUAUUGUUCGUUUCUAUGCAUCUGUAAGCGAGACCUUGUAAUAAAUAUCAUGUGGAUACCGACGAAGUUUCCUUGAUAUGUUCAUACGUUAUGUGUCUGUACAGUUAGAUGUUACGCAAUAUUUGGUAAUCUUUGCAAGAACAAAUGGUGUUUCUUUAGCUAUUACGGUUUAUUUAAAUCGAUUGGAUUUCAAUAGAGAAUAUUUUUUUGUUUUAUGACAUGUUAAUGAUGAUAAAACGUGCUCUCAUGAUAUCUUAUGCAAUGAGGAGCGAGCGAACAAAAAUAUGAUUGAGUAGAAGUACUAUAUCGAAAAUAACAUAAGUAAUGUUUGUUCAUAACGAGUACUGCGAUGUAGAAUAUAUAUGAUAAUAAAACAUUACAUAUUCCUUUAUUUUCCUCGAAUUCAUACUUGUACACAUACAUCAAAAUUGAUAGUAAAAAGCAACAUAACCGAACCGCAUGUUGUUUUUUUAUAUUGUUUUUAGUUCUAUCCCUUACACCCAACUUAUAAAUAUUGUAGCAAGUGUCGUAGUCCAAUAACCUGUCUACUUGUAUAAACCAAACUGAUUCUACCACGAUACUGAACCAGUCAAUAUCUUAUGAUCGAUCAGACAGAUUAUUGUGAUUAAAUGUUUUCUCUAAUA